UUCCGGGGUUGCAACGUGACUUCCGGUUGUCAGAUUGCCCCAGACGCGGCGCCGGCGACGAAGAAGCCGUGUGGCCCGAGGUCGCGGUGGCCCUAGUGGUGGUGGGCUCCGGGGGGCUCGCCUCAUCCUGCCCCGUCUCCGAUGCAUCCGCGGCGCCCGGACGGAUUCGAUGGCUUGGGCUAUCGAGGCGGUGCCCGGGAUGAGCAGGGCUUUGGCGGCGCCUUCCCUGCCAGGUCCUUCAGCUCCGGGUCGGACCUGAGCCACUGGGUGACCACUCCCCCAGACAUCCCCGGUAGCCGCAACCUGCACUGGGGAGAGAAGAGCCCGCCCUACGGCGCGCCCGCCCCCUCCACCCCGCUCGAGGGCCCCGCGGAGGAACCGUUUCCCGGCGGCAGCAGCGGCGGCGGCGGCGGCGUGCAGGGGCAGAGCAGCGAGCAGUUGAAUAGAUUUGCUGGAUUUGGUAUUGGCCUUGCAAGUCUCUUUACAGAAAAUGUACUGGCCCAUCCUUGCAUUGUCCUGCGCCGCCAAUGUCAGGUUAAUUAUCAUGCUCGGCAUUACCAUCUCACUCCAUUUACAGUCAUCAAUAUUAUGUACAGCUUCAACAAAACUCAGGGACCAAGGGCCCUUUGGAAAGGAAUGGGCAGCACGUUUAUCGUCCAGGGAGUCACGCUUGGAGCAGAGGGAAUAAUCAGUGAAUUCACACCUUUACCAAGAGAGAUUUCACAUAAAUGGAAUCCUAAACAAAUAGGAGAACACCUUCUACUGAAAUCCCUCACUUACAUGGUGGCAAUGCCUUUUUACUCAGCAAGUCUGAUUGAAACAGUACAGAGUGAGAUAAUACGAGAUAACACUGGAAUCUUGGAGUGUGUUAAAGAAGGAAUUGGAAGAGUGAUGGGCCUAGGGGUGCCUCAUAGCAAACGACUGCUUCCGCUUCUUUCCUUGAUCUUCCCCACUGUGCUGCAUGGGGUUCUGCAUUACAUCAUCAGCUCAGCCAUUCAGAAGUUUGUCCUGCUAAUUCUAAAGAGAAAGACAUAUAGUAGCCAUCUAGCUGAGAGCACUAGUCCGGUGCAGAGUAUGUUGGAUGCUUAUUUUCCAGAACUUAUUGCUAACUUUGCUGCCAGUCUUUGCUCUGAUGUUAUACUUUACCCAUUGGAAACAGUUUUGCACCGCCUUCACAUUCAAGGAACACGCACAAUCAUUGACAAUACAGACCUUGGCUAUGAAGUGCUUCCAAUUAAUACACAGUACGAGGGUAUGAGAGACUGUAUCAAUACUAUAAGGCAGGAGGAAGGAAUGCUUGGUUUUUAUAAAGGGUUUGGUGCUGUUAUAAUACAGUACACACUGCAUGCAGCUGUUUUACAGAUUACCAAAAUUAUUUACUCUACCCUUCUUCAAAAUAGUGUGUGAGACCUCAGUUCCUGGUUAGUCUAAAAGACAUAAUCUGGGUACUUUGUUAUGAAAUUAUGUGGGAUAAAAGUGAAAUACUGGGGGAAAGUGGAUUAGAAAGUGAAACUGGUAAAAAAAAAAAAAAAAGCCCAUGCUGAUUAUAUUGACCCUUCUUUUUUUAAAAGGUAUAGGUAUAUAUUUGGAUGGAAAAUAUCCCAAAUUUGAAAACUCAAUGAAAGUAACACUUGUGAAUUGAAUUCUAGCUAAUGUAGCACUCAUGCUAAACUAAAAAGACCCUGGGCAGAAGCAAAAAUUUGUCAGCAAACGUAAAACAAUAUUUCACAGAGCUAAGUUUAUUCCAUCUGACUUCAAUAUUUAUUAGAAAUUUAUUUCACCUUCUAGAUUGACAUUGGUAUGUCAUCCUUAAUCUAGUGUAUAGUAUCAGGAUAGUUUACCUUUAAACAAAUAAACUGUGUCAUCUGUGGUAAAGAUGAGAAGGACUAGAUUUGGCAGUGUGUAAGCAGGACUUGAAGAGUUUUAAAUUGCAUUGUCCCUGUACAACUUUUUAAUGGCUGAAUAUUUAUUAUAUAAAGCCAUUUAUGUGCACACAUGUAACUCGGAAUUUCCUUCAUCUCUAUAAAGUUUCCACUCUUAGAUCAGCUUAUUUCAUAAAAUGAAUACUUACUGCUUGAAUAUCAGAAGAAAACAUUAAAGACAAGGUACCCAAAAGAUGUAAGGCAAACAACCUACUUGUCCAUAUCCAAACCCAGCGUUUCAAUGCCAGCAACUGAAACAUCCGUCAUAUGUUUAUAAAGUUUGAUUUGCUUACCUAGAUAUGUGAAUCAUCAGUCUGGUUUUAGACCACUCGUAAGAUAGAAUAGAAAAUAAUCAUGACAACUAUUACUGUUUGCACAUUUACGGAUUGUGUACUGAAAGAAAUGUUCCUUGCCUUAUAUUUCUGAUUUGUCUUAGAGGAGAGACAAUUAAAAUUCACAUGGGAAUUUGUGCCUCUUGCCUUUUGUAUAGUCAUCAUUAAAUAAUGGCUUCAGUUUUUAUUUUAUUCUAUUUUUUUUUGUAGUUUCAUUCUCCAAACCAGAUCUACAUAAAGGGAAAAGCAAGUUUAUCCUUAUCACCUUUUAUUUAAACUUGUUUGGAUGAAUAACAAAGGAAAAAUAAAAACUUUAAAGGAAGCUUGUCCUUGCUUUUUAUGAAUGAGGAAAAGAAGUAAAUCUCAAAAAAUAAUAAGCAAAAACAUUGUUAUCAGUUUGUUAAAAAAAAAAUCUUCCUGUUAAAUUGAAGUUGGUGGGUGAGGUUCUUGUAUAAUAAAAUAAUAAGCAUUUGACUGACCCAAACUUAAACAUUUUAAAGUUUCAUUUCCUCACAUGAAUGAUUACAGUUUUACCACAAACUGUUUAGCACACAAACGCAGUGACUGCACUGGUGUUGUCCAAUCUAGAAGGUACACAGACUGAGAUUUACUUGCUAAGUGUCAGCAAAAUAGUUACUUUUUGUGAUUAAUAGUUUUAGAACCAAAAAAUGAUAUCCCCAAAGUGCCAAACAGUAUGUAAGUAGCAAUUUUCUCUACAAUCUCAUGUGGUAGGUGUGUAUGUUUUUUUUUUUUAAACUAUAAGUUUUCCCUUUCUAAAUUCCACCAAGAGGGGAAAAUAAAACACCACUGAUCACGUGUUGUACUUUGCAGUUAAUAUUUUGGGUUAUGGUUUACUUUGCCUUACCUAUGACACCUAAAUUAUUUCCAAUGCUUUGAACUGCUAAAUAAAUUUUUAGAUGUUUAUAAACUGUCCAA